CCUCCCUCUCUCUCAAAAUAGCCCUAUUGCUUUCUGAUCAAUUUUUCUCUAUUGCUUUCUGAUUUGCGCAAUACUUCUCUUGCUUAUCUGAUUGAUUCUUCUCGAGUGCUCGGCGAUCUUAGAAAUAAACGCCUUAGACAUUGUUCUUCUCAGGUUUGCUUCUUCUUUGCAUACUGUCUCUCCAAUUAAACCUUGUUAUCUUUUCGCUUAGGGUUUCUGGUUCAUCAUUUUUAUCUUGAACCGUUUAUGUCUAUCCAAGAAGAUAUAACCUCUCAGAUAAUGGUGAUGGGAUCUGUGUUGGAUUGUGUUUAUCCGCCAUCAGUAACAGUUCUUUUAGGUUUCUUUUUGAUAUCUGAGGGUUUUUCCGAUGAAUCGGUCAUUAAAUAACGAGAUGGAGAACCGAAAGCUCGGGUGUUGUUAUGUCGGAACUUUCAAGAUUUUCUAGUGGCUGCUUAUGUUCGAUUAUAAGUGUCCUCUGAUUGAUCCUGUUUGUAUUCCUGGUGUAAAUGGAAAAGUGUAUGUUUUCUUGGAAUGGAUGUCAGAUGGAUUGCUGAUAUAGCUUUUUUAUUUUAUGCGUUCUUGCGAGGAACGUCACAUCUAGGAAAGAACGGUUCUUGGAUUCAGUUUGACAUGUAUUUUUCAUCUUUCUCUAUAGUAUGGACACCAAGAUGGCAAGAGGCAGCAGAGAUACAAUCGGAAAGUCAGUUUAUAGUGGGACUUCUACACAAGUUGUUCCCAGAAAAUAUCGAGUCUUGCCCAAGGAUCAACCAAGGAAUAAACCCUAUAAUGGCACUAGGAACUCAAUAGUUUGGACUCCAGAGCAGUCUCAUGUCUCAUCUGAGAAGCGUCCAAGAAAAAUGUUGAAUUGUGACAGAAGGAAUCCAGUGGAUUCAAGUAACAGAGAUGGUGAAUUAUCCGAUAGUAAUGCUCCAAAGACUCAAGGAAGGGUCUGUAAAUUCUGGGUCUCUGACAAAUGCCUGAAGGGCGAUAAAUGCAACUUUCUGCACUCAUGGUUUCAUGGAGAAGGAUUUGCAAUGUUGGCCACUCUUGAAGGGCACAAAAAGGUUAUCAAGGGGAUUGCUCUUCCUUCUGGCUCUGAAAAGCUCUAUUCAGCCAGUAAGGAUGGUACUGCACAGGUUUGGGACUGCCAUACUGGUCAAUGUAUUCAAGUGAUUAAUCUUGGUGCUGAGGUUGGUUCCUUAAUCAGUGAGGGGCCAUGGGUUUUUAUUGGCAUUCCGAAUGUUGUCAAGGCCUGGAACAUUCAGACAGGUGCAGAAUUCAAUCUGGAAGGACCAGUAGGUCAAGUUAAUGCUAUGGUUGUUGGCGACAACAUGCUUUUGGCAGGGGCGCAGGAUGGAACUAUUUUGGUCUGGAAAGGCAAUACUGAAACUGAUCCAUUUCAAAAAGUCGCUUGCUUGAAAGGCCACACUAGCCCUGUGGUAUGUUUAUGUAUUGGAAGGGGAAGGCUAUACUCAGGAUCAAUUGCUGGUACAAUAAGGGUUUGGGACCUUAACACACUGCAGCUUGUUACAUCAUUGAAAGGGCAUAAAGAGGCAGUUACAUCUCUUCUUUGUUGGGAUCAGUUUUUGUUAUCAUGCUCAUUGGAUCGAACUUUAAAAUUCUGGGGUACAUCUGAAAAAGAUGUCUUGAAAGUAUUCUAUACGCACACUGAGCAACAGGCUAAUUUGCAUGUCUUGCUCAAGACUUUUGACGGUGAUAUUUUGGAAUUAGAAAUAAUUUUGUUUGGACCAGGGUAUACUUUCGCUCUGUGGGAUUACUGGUGUGGAAGACAAACCAAUUUUGUUUUGCUCUUCUAAUGACAACAUUGUACAUCUAUACGACUUGCCAUUAUUCACGGAGCAAGCAUGAAGUUUGCAUAAUUGAGAUUGGGCCAGGAGGCCUCUUUUUCACGGGGGACGGAAGUAGCAGGUUGACCGUCUGGAACCUUUCAUCCCAAUUGGGAUCGUGAAGGAGACAUUAGUGAAAUGUAUAGGGACAAUGUCCUUAGAUAAUAUGGUUUUGGCUGUACAUAAAAAUUUUGUACCGAUCGUUAUCUGUAUGUAUAUAAUUACAAGUUAUUCAUUUAUUUGUGCAUUAGUUUAGCAACUUAA